GUUAAUUUGUAACCGGUAAUGACUAGCUGUUAGCUUUGUCCUUCCAAGACAAGAGUCAUUACCUCCAAGGUUCGAAAGGUCCGCUGACGCUGAGUCGACUCCUGGAGGUGCCACCAUGUCCUGUCAUUUCUUUCUGUUGCUGCUGCUAAGUGUCGGAGUCUUUGGCGUGGAGGUUCAACGUCCUCGCGGAGUCCCACUUUCAAAGCGACAGUUCUAUGAAGAAGGCAAACCCUUUACCUGCUUGGACGGUUCCCGCACUAUUCCCUUUGACCGAGUGAAUGAUGACUACUGUGACUGCACUGAUGGGUCAGAUGAACCAGGCACUGCUGCUUGUCCCAACGGCAGCUUCCAUUGCACCAAUGCAGGAUUCCGACCACUCUUUAUCCCUUCAUCUCGUAUUAACGAUGGAAUUUGCGACUGCUGUGACACAACGGAUGAGUACAAUAGUGGAGCUGCCUGUCAAAACACAUGCAAAGAACUGGGGCGCGAAGAAAAGGCCAAGCUUCAUCAUUUGGCUGAAAUCGCGAAGGAGGGCUUUUUGCUUAAGCAGCAGCUUAUUCGAGAGGCGAAAAGAGGACUGGAGGACAAAAAGGCCAAAAUUGCGGAGCUUCAGGUUGGAAAGAAAGAUCUAGAAGACAAGCUGGAAGCCAAACGUACUGUAAAGGAAACAGCUGAACAGCCGGAAAAAGAAGCUAAAGAGCGCCAUCUUAAGGCUUGGGAAGCUCAAAAGGAGGUUAUGCGUAAAGAGAAGGACAAAGUCCGAAUGGCUGAAGUGUUUCUGGAACUGGACGGUGAUGCUGAUGGCUUUGUCACUGUGGCGGAUCUUCAAUCCCACCUGGAGCUGGAUCCUGAUUCAGAUGGGUCUUUUACAGAGCUGGAAGCUCAGACCAUUCUUGGAGGAGUCGACCGGGUAGAUCCAGUAGCUUUCGAGACCAUUUGGAGCAGCAUUAAAGAUAAAUAUGUGUCUGACACCAAAGAAGUGGUUCCAGAGGAGGUUGCUCAGGAAGAAACAACAGAGCCGGUCUCUGACAGUGACUCUGAGCAGUACCCUGAAGACGACAUUCCUGAAGAUGAAGACGAAGAGGAGGAGGAGGAUGAAGAAGAUGAUGAUCCUGACAUGGCAGACUACAAGCCACCCCCUACAGUACACACUCAGGACAAGAAGGAUGAAGAUGAGGGGACUAUGCCGCCAUACGAUGAGGAAACCCAGCUCCUCAUUGAUACUGCUCAGAAAGCCAGGAGUGAAUUUGAUGAGGCCGAGCGAGCUCUCCGGGAAGUGGAUGAUCAAAUCAACAACCUGGAGAAGGAAGUGACCUUUGACUUCGGACCCGAGGCUGAGUUCGGAUACCUCUACAGUCAGUGUUACGAGCUCACAACUAGCGAGUACAUCUACAGGCUCUGCCCCUUCGACAGAGUGUCACAGAAACCCAAAUAUGGUGGCUCAGAGACCAACUUGGGUUCAUGGGGGAAAUGGGCUGGGCCUGAAACUGAUGUCUACUCGGUGAUGAAGUACGAGCACGGCACAGGGUGCUGGCAAGGUCCAAACAGGUCCACAACGGUCAAGUUAACAUGUGGGAAAGAGACGGUCGUGACGGCCACAUCAGAGCCCAGCCGCUGUGAGUACCUGAUGGAGUUCACCACUCCGGCCGUGUGCCAGGAGCCGCCCAGCCCAGACAGUCUGUCGGAUGUCCACGAGGAGCUCUAGAGCAGCCUGCUUUGCCAACCUUCAGGGACCAUCGUCUCUGCGGCAACAUGCGGUUGCCACGCAGGAGCUGCAGCACUUAGCCAUCUGUCAACCCUAACAAUCGAUGCAAAUUCCAAGGAGUCAUUCGGUUUUCUGCCGUUUUACUGACGCGUGUUGUCUGAUAUCAUUCCAUUGUUUUCAAAUAAACCUGUUUUAAGCUUCAAA